AUGUCACCACCCACCUUCCUGAUCCUCGAAGUCCGCGCCGCGUUCCGCUGCUCCGCGCGCCAACAUGCUGCCACACGCUUACGCCCCUACAGCACAACAACAUCCUUGCUAGCACGACUUCCUCCGCACAAGAGCACCUCGAAACCAAGCCCAAGAACCAAGCUCAGCACGCCGGCACAGCUCGUUUCACCAGCCAAGCAGCCACACCGCGACGAUGCCUUCUCGAGCGGCUCCUCCGAGGGCACAAGCACCUCCACGGACCUCAUGCCCGCCGAUCCACGCCGCACAUCUCUCGAUACUGGGUCCGCGGUGACCAUCCCAACCAAAGUGCUCCCGAAAGCGGAGAUCGCUCCCGGCGUGAAGCUCUCGCCUAUGCAGCGCCUGCACAUUGAGCACUUGACACGACACCCUCCGCAGCCCAAAGCAGAACGAGUAUUCAAAAACCACCUGCUCAUCUACAACUUGCCGCGAGCGACGGUCGGGUUCAUGAUCUUCAGCCGCGUUGUGUCCAUAGGCGUUUUUCUGUUCUUCACUGCGGUCUGGAUACCCGCGUACUAUCUCGAUAUCACGUCGGAGACUUCUACGAGUCAGGUGCCGCUGUAUACGCUGCCGCUGAUAUGGGUCAUCUCUGCCGUACCGGUCUUUAUGUUGAACCACCUGACUAGAAGCAUUGUGACGGAGAUCUUCCUGAAUUUGAGUGAGAAGGCUCGAAGGAGCCCCACGGCCGCCAUGACAUACGCUCGUAAUCUGCCCAAGGACGCGAGUCUGCAGCUGCGCUUUCUGCGCUGGACGGGCAUUCCAGGCUCUAUGGAAGUCAAGUUGGCGGAGAUUCGGCCCGCUGGUGCUGCCGCUGCAGCACCAGCUACCUCUGGGUCCGUAUUGGGGGCCAGCAGGCCAAGCGCAACCAGUGCCACACGCACACUCACAUCAAAAUUGCCCAAUCCCACGGCUUCAUCCACUGGCCGCACCAACUGGAUCACAAACCUUCGUAACGCCUUCAGCAGACCCGUCAACUUCACCAUCCCCAUGACGCCGCGUCUAAAGUCAGAAUCCUCAAUCUGGAAGCCCUCCCUGACAGAGUUCUUCGUGCGGCCCAAGACAGCGGCUGGGAGAGCCGCAAGAGACACUAUCCCGGGUUUGUGGGAAGUGGUGUAUAAGCGGCUGACGGGCAUUGAGGUCAGUGCGGUGGGGAGAUGGCGAAGCUGA